GUGGUGCCCUCCCUACUGCCAGACUCGACAGCGCGGGCAUGGCGGCUCCAGGUCCCUGCGCCGAAGGUCUUUGCUGCACUCACUCGGGCGCGCGGCAGACGCUGGAUGAGAUGGAUUUCGAGAGGGGAAUCUGGUCAGCAGCCCUGAAUGGAGACCUGGGCCGAGUGAAGUAUUUAAUUCAGAAGGCAGUAGACCCUAGCCAGCCCGACGUGGCUGGCUACACUGCUCUGCACUAUGCGAGCCGCAACGGGCACUACGCAGUGUGCCAGUUUCUGCUGGAAAACGGGGCCAAGUGUGAUGCCCAGACACAUGGGGGUGCCACCGCCCUGCACCGGGCCAGCUACUGUGGGCACACGGAGAUUGCACGGCUCCUGCUCUCCCAUGGGUCCAACCCCAGGCUGGUGGAUGACGAUGGCAUGACCAGUCUGCAUAAGGCUGCUGAGAAGGGCCACAUGGACAUCUGCUCCCUCCUAUUGCAACACAGCCCGGCCCUGAAGGCCGUCCGGGAUCGGAAGGCACGACUAGCAUGUGACCUGCUGCCGUGCAACAGUGACCUGCGGGACCUGCUGGCCAGCUGAAUCGCCGCCCUUCUGUCGCAGGCUGCCAUGCAAGGAUACACAGACGAGGCCUCCGGGCCUCAGCUUGGGUCACCAUCCAUGCUGCAGGUUUGGAAACCAAGGCCUGAAGACUCAGGAAGAGCCCAGUUUUGGCCACUGAAGUGAGGGAGUAGAUUUGGGGGCUGUAAGUGCUUCAACCUGGACAGAUGAUGCUAUUUUAAAUUAAUUCAUGUGGAAACAUGUACUCAUUUGGAAAAAAUAAAGUUAUAGUCUUACCUCA